GUGAAGCGGAUGAAUGAGGAUCUGGCUGAGGAAAAGAGGUUGCAUGAAAAAUUACGACAACAGAUUGAAUUGAAAGAUUAUGAGAUGAUUCUCGAGAAGAAAAGGAACAGAAAUAUAGUCGACUCCUUUAAACGUUUGAAAUCACAGCACAACUUUCUCCGUAGUAAGUGUGGUCUUAGCACAGAUAAUAUGAUCCCUUGCAAUUCGGUGGAAGACAACAGCAAUUCAUCAAGAAAUUAUCAGAAUCCAAGGAUCCCAACUGGUCCUGAAGGUAGAAAUCCAGAAACAUCUAGAGUUGCGCUAAAGACAAAUAAACAAAAGGAUGAGAUCAGUUUGCCAGAAAAACUGGACAAUAACAAAAUGCAAUUCUCAAGCUAUGAUACAACCACCAAAGUCCCUUCUACUUCCAGCUCAUCUCAGCCUUUUAACUGCCCUGCUAAUAUGAAGUCUGAGCCACUCUCUGGCAUACAGAAGCAACCACUACCUAAUUGGAGAGCUACUCGCUCACGUCAAGAACCAGGAGGAGCAGAUCCACAUGAUGAUUUUCUCGACACUCCCUUGGAGAACAUACAUGAUAAUAUUACCAGGGGUCUUCAAAGAGAAGAAACCCAUGAUUUCCCGGUUCUUCCUCCGAAGGACAUGGAUUUGGACAAUUCAGAUGAUGAAACACAAGAUCUGAAUGGAGAGCCUGCUCCACAAAAGCAGAAAAUCUCAAUCAUGAAGCCACCUAAUGACAGAGGUUUUAAAUAUGCAGAACCCGUAAGGAAGAAGGCUGAUAGAGAGAAUUUGAAAGGAAUUGAGUGCAAGCAAUGCAAGAAAUUCUAUGAUGCUGUUCUUCCUGGUGGAGACAAGAACAACAAUAAUUUGCGUUGCGAGCAUCAUGAUGGUGUUUCUAGACAUCGAUAUAGGUUUAUUCCUCCCUCAACUCCUGAAGGAUUCUGGAAUAUAGGUUUUGAUUCUGAAAUGUAA